AUGCCUCCCUCCCAGCCCACCAACGGUCAACCCGGCUUCAAAUCCCGCUUCUCCCUCCUCACGCUCCUCCCCUCCCGACAUCCCCCUCUCCACAUCUCUCAGCCCCAGCCGCUCCUCCCUUCCGAACUCCAACUCCGUUCGGUUCCGCGGUACGACACCCACCUGUCCUCACGGCAUACUAGCGCGGGCCCCUCGGGCAACGGCCGGAUAAUCAGCCAAUACGCCAGCCCGCUUACAAGCUAUCCGGAGACACCUAUGCUCCCCUCGGAGGAGCGUGGCGGGUCACCUGCCAAGUGCAGACGGCCGCCCCCUAUCGACCUCACUCGGGUUCGCGCGGCUUAUCCUACCGAGCAAGCCAUCAACGGUGCUCCGGCCUCGAGGGAGAUCGACCUCGGUACCCCUUCUACCCCAUCCCCUAUCUCGCCAUUCGCCAGGUCACGUCCGCCCGUCUCGCCUCCUAUCCUUCCUCCUCUCCCACCGGCUCUAAAGAAGAGCAAGGCGAAACGGGAGGCCAAAGCGGUCGUUGACGACCCGUUCGAAAUAGCCGUCGUCGAGUCGGGACACCGGUACGCCUCGUGGCAAGGCGGCAAGGUGGACAUCCGGCCGGGGCAGGUGAUACCCCGGGGCCUGGUGGAAUCGCAUGACUCGCGGCAAGGGCAAGGGGAGAGGCGGAACACGAUCCAAGGCGAGAACCCAGAGGAAGAAGGGGAGGUCUACGACUCGGUCCUCCAGCACGUAUUGCUCACGCCGACGUACCUCCGCUCCUCGCCCUCUUCGACUCAUCAUACCAUAUCGGGCAGACGCGGCCAGCGCGAGACGAUGCUCGAGAAGGCAAAGCGGCUGUCUCGCUUCGUUCCGCUCUUACCGAGGCGGGACGACCCUACGGCGCGGGCCGUGCGUGAUAUGCGCGAGCGAGAAGGGGCAGAGAUGGACCGGUUCAGGCGGGUAGGGCUGCAGUUGGGGUCGCGGUCGGCGCUUGAUCUAGGAAGUCCGGUCCCGAAGGGAGGGAGAUCGCCGGGGCAUAUCGGGGAGAAGGAGGAAAUGGUCGGAGGGGCCGAAAGGAGGCAGUAUGAGCGAUACGAUGUCAAGGAUCUGCGUGACGUCAAGGGUGGUGCGCUGAGGAAGUAUGCAAAGGCUGAACGGAGGAGGGAGUGCUGGGGAUGGGGAAGGACGAGGAGGAGCAAGGAGGAGGUAGCGGAGUUGCCAUUCAUGAAGAGGAUGUUCCAUAAAUUCCGCCUGCUCUUACUCAUCCUUCUCCUCGUCAUUGCCGCCAUCGUUCUCGCGGCGAUUUUCCUCACUCGCAAACCAGCGUCCUCAACCGGGUCCACGCCUUCUCCCUUGGACAACUCUACCAACUCCGCUAACCCCGCUCCGACCCAGUCUGGCAGCGCUUCAGCCUCCAUCCCUCCCUCUGGAUCAGCUACAACCGCCGCUCCAGCCCCAAGCUCCACAUCACGUACCCUCCAGACAUGCCUCGACCUCUACACUUCCUCCUCUACCGCUCCGUACCCAUGCUCAGACUGCACACCUCUCCUCCUCGGCACGACCAACGACUUUACCACCCCGCUCGUCAAUGGGAACUCGACCGGCAUUGGCGCAGCGCUCCAGUACUGCACGCUGAUGGAUGUGGUGGCAGCGGGGAAUCGGAGUGGAUUUGAGGCGCUGGGAUGGACUGGGAAGGGGGCGUGUGGGUGGAAGGGCAUAAAUUGCGAUCCGAGGGGAAGGGUGACGGACAUAAGCUUGACAUACCCGAAUGUCCCGUACCGCUUCCCGACGACUAUUGGGCAGAUACCCACCCUCACCACAUUUCGCAUCAAGGGUAACUCUUCGAUUCCUUCCGGUCCCUUCCCUGCAUCUAUCAUCUCCCCGACACUCGUCACGCUCGACAUCAGCGAUACCGCUCUCCAAGGCCCAAUCGCCUCGAUAGACUUCAAGCCUGCUCAGAGCUUGAAUACGCUGUACUUAGCCAACAAUCCUAUCUUGGGUAGUGGAGUACCGGAUCUGCGGACUAACGGGAAGCUUUUGACACUAGCCAUGACCGGUCAGCUGCUCAGCAAUGUGACAGAAGCGAAUCUACCCAGUAGCUUGACCUAUUUAGAUCUUUCGUACAACUCUCUCUCUGGCCAGAUCCCCUCCUUCCUCAGUCUAUCGGGCUUGAAGACUCUAUACCUCGAAUCCAACCAAUACUCGACCUCCCCCUCCGCUCUGCCUUCCGCCCUAUCCGACUUAAAGCUAAACAACAACCCCUCGUCACGCGGCGAGAUGCCUAUGGGAGUAUGCGGGAGCACUCUUUUGGGGAAUUGCGACCUAAGGAAUACGGGUCUAGGCGGUGCGGCGGGGAGUGCGAAUGGGACGAGGAGCUGUGGAAAGUGUUUGUUCUAG